AUGGACAUGGAUCAUCCCACUACCCCACAACAACAAAAAGAGGAUUUCCGCAGCUUUAUCACAAGAGUGAACAUUGGCCUCGAGAUUCCCCUCCCUGGAAUUGAGUCUCCUUUGGCGAGAGAGCGAAAUACCAGCCUCCCGAGUCAGAUCUACAAGCAUAUCCGCCCGUUGUUCUUCAAUAACAAGGCUGACAAGAGAAGUUUAAUUGACAAUCUCGAGGAAUGGGUCCGUGGGAACCUGCCGUUAGCCGUCCAGAAAAAUGUCAGUGAAACCAACGUAGAUCGCCGGGCAAGCCAACGACACCAGAGCGAGGAACCCGCACCCCCGCUCUCGCUCACCGGCCCUGAGAAGGAUAUGUGCAUGAAGCAGCUGUUAGCACUCAUGAAAGAUGAGGAGUAUUUUUUUGGCGAAUGGUCGUGCUUAUCACCAAAGAAACAAACGUCUGAUGAUGAAGAUGAAGACGAAAACUUCCACACCGCACCGAAUUCUCCCGUGAAGGGAUCCGUGCUAGCUCAGUCCCCUUUGGGGAAGAACGGGGAUGAAGCUUUACAAUUUCCCGAGACUGUGCAGGCUGCGUUUCGAGGGCCUCGAAGGAAUUCUGGGGUUACGAACUUGCCGGUCAAUAAUCAUCGAAUAAUCCAGUCCCCUGCACGGACGUCGAUGGGAAUUGCGUCGCCAACAAAAUGUCAAGUUCACCCGUCGCCCGGAAGGGACAAUGGGUCCGUCCAGUCGCCUGGAAAUAACAAAGAUAACUUCCAUUCCCCGGAGAGCGAGUUUUCCUCCACCAGCAAAGGGAAACCAGCACAGGGCCAAGGGUAUCACCAGUCGCUCCUUAGGGAAGUGGGCACUAAACCACCAUCCAAGCCUCAAGGCAAUAUUUCCGCUCCGACGAGGAAGUCGACGAGCACUUUGUCUCUAGCGAAGACUCCAGAGGGUGUCCGGUCACCAGCGAAGAACCCAGUAUCUGUCCGAUCGUCAUCCAAAACCCCCAAAUCAGUCAAAUCACCCUCCCAGUCCCCGUUGAAACAGAUGGACCUUCGAGCGUUUGGGUUUGUCAGUAGCCCCAGUAAAGAAACUUCUCCUGCCCAGGAAGAUAUUGAGUCCAAGAAACCUACUUUAUUUGAAAAGCUUAGCGCGGCAUCCGAUGAGUCGAAACGCAACAAUGUGACGCAGUCAGCCAAUACCAGCUUUUCAACGACGAUCACUUCGUCGGUCUUUAUGUCUCGAGAUUCUAGGAUGGGGCAAUCAUUUGAUUCGGUCAUGACCCAGAUGACCGAACCAAUGGAUACUCAGUCAACCUAUGCAGAUUCGGUCGUUGGGUACAUGGCUAGUGACGAGAUGCAAAGGAGCGUGGAGGGUGCUGCUGUCUCCAUGAUGGUAAAAGGCGACCCUGUUGAGACGGAGUAUUCUCUUAAACAAGAGUUUGUUGGUGAACUUCUGUCCUACGGCCCGUUUUCGGCGGAAGAAUCCUUCUCGGCCAAAAUUCCAUUGCGGUUUCGAUAUGAGCUGGAACGCAUUGGACGUGCGUGGGGAAUUCCCUUCAAACAAAUACUCGUUGGUGACCGUCUUACCUUCAACACCCAAGAUGAUUUCUGGUCAUGGGUCAGCAGGCUUGGUCAACGUUAUGGCCAUCCGUUGCCAGAGAGAUCGCCGCGCCGGGCCUGGGAUGCUGCUGUUGGUGAUUUCAAAUCAGAUAAGCACUCAGAGGUGGUGGUACUGUCCGGAGACUUUGACUGGUGUGGCGAGUCCGAGCCGGGUAUUUUCAAAUUGAGACUCAACCCGCUCAAGCCAGAGCGGACUUGUCGAUUUCACCGAAGAUUUGGAUCGGAUAGAUUCCUAACUCUUACUAUCCCAGCCGCAGAUCAGCCUCCCAACCAUCAGAAACAACCUUCUUACCCGUCAGUCCUUCGCGAGAGUAUUGCUUCCUGGCUCACACGGAAUGAUCAUUAUUGCCUCGGGCGGACGUGGCGGGCUUUCUAUGUUGAAGAAGUAAAGACCAAGCGAAAAGCCAAAGGCGAGCCUCGAUUUCGGGUCGAGCUGUUCGCCAUUGAUGGCGACGACUUUGAUCAUGGGAACCAGUUACCACCAGUGGUGGCCCCUCCCCAACAGCAAAGUGACAACUAUACUCCUAUGAGUGUAGAUGCGUUGCUGCGAUGGCAUAUGCCCAAGAAUUCGAAUGGGAAUCAAAGUAAUUGCAAGCUCUUCCAGCGUAUCUCUCUGGGUUUGUCGAAGGCAUUUUCGACAGUCAAGUUAAAGCCAACGCAAGUACUCCGUUUGAGAGACGAUCCAACACGGCCUGUCAUGAAUGACGGAUGCGCUUUGAUGUCGAGGACUCUUGCGAACCAAAUCUGUGAUCAACUAGGCAUAACCACCGCCACGCCUAGUUGCUUCCAGGGCAGAAUAGCAGGGGCUAAGGGUCUCUGGAUGGUUGACUGCCGCCAAUCUAGUAUCACUACCAUGAAUGACGAUGACAUCUGGAUUCAGAUCUCGGACUCGCAGUUGAAGAUACACCCUCAUCCACAGGAAUGGGUUGACCCGGUUGACGAUGAGAAGUUGACGUUCGAAGUAGUUAAUUGGGCUAAGCAAUUGCAUCCUGUCGACCUCAAUAUCCAGCUUCUUGCAAUUCUGGAAUAUGGAGGGAACGUGAAGGAGUAUAUUGCCAAGCUCACGCGUGACGGUGUGCAGAGUCUUUACAGCGACUUCCUUGAGGUUCUUCGAUCAAAUAGCCCCGUGGUUUGUCGAGCCCUACUUCAGAAGCUCAGACCCUCUGGUGAGGAUGGAACUGGAAAAGCCCGGCGCUUAGAGCAGUGGGUGACUAGUGAUGCUGAAUCAAUCAUUCGUUUCUCAGAGGCAGGCUUUGGCCCACGCGAUUUCUUUCCCCUCCGAAUGAAGAUCCGCCAAUAUUUGACAUGGCUUCUUGAGCGACAUGUCGAAGAACUCAAAAUCCAAGUCCCUCUCUCAACCUAUGCGUACUGCAUUGCAGACCCAUAUGGAAUUCUCGGACCGGACGAAGUUCAUUUCGGUUUCUCCAAUGACUGGCGGGAUCCACAGGGCCAGUUUGAAGACAACGUCCUGGAUGGAGUAGAUGUUCUCGUUGGCCGACUUCCAGCCCAUUUACCAUCUGAUAUUCAACGGCGCAGAGCUGUAUGCAAGACUAAACUACGCCAUUUUAAAGAUGUGAUUGUCUUUCCCACCACAGGGAAUUUUCCUCUUGCCGGUAUGCUAUCCGGGGGAGAUUACGAUGGUGACACUCCGUGGAUCUGCUGGGAUCCCAUGAUUGUCGAGAGAUUCCAUAAUUCCCCAAUGCCCUCACAUGAAUAUCCUGCGGAGUAUUACGGGCUUACGAAACACUCCGUCCCGAUGGCCUCGCUGAAGUCGACGGAAGACUUCUUGGAAAGCGUGUUCGAUUUCAACCUCACCCUUUCAAACCUCGGUCGAUGUACCGUCGAGCAUGAGAAACUGGCAUACGACGAGUCAGUCGACUCCCCAAAGGUGAAAGAGCUGGCCUGUCUCUUGGGUCAUCUUGUGGAUGGCCGGAAAGGUGGAGUUCAUCUUUCAGAGGCAGCCUGGAAAGAAUACCGCAAGACCAUUAGCCCUAAGCAACGUGCGCUUCCCGCGUAUCGAAACCCAGAGCGCAAGUUGAAACCGUCGAACAUUGUCGACUACCUUAAGUUUAACGUCGCACAGUCGGAGCUUCGCAGAAUUCUCUCGGGUCUUAAUAAGACCUUCCCCGAGAACGAUAUCCAAAAUCAACUUGAUCAUGACCUCCUUCGUCCGUGGAGCGAAACCGAUGAAGCAUCGAAGAGCAAGUCUGAGCACAGUCAAGAAUUAAAAGACGCCCUCGUUGAACUUCGGAAGUCGAUAGACGAACUAUACAAGCAAUGGAACCAAGGACAUUCCGCUUCUACUGGCGACGAAUUCUCUGCCAUAUCACGUCAGGCUGCCGAGAGUGCAGGUGCACUCGCUCCUCCCCACGCGGGCAGACAUCCGCUCAUCCACACUUGGCAAAACAGCCAUAAUGAGUGGCGACGGUUAGUAGCUUCGUACGCCUAUCGUCGAUGUCCAAACUCCCGUUUUAUUCUUCACGCCUUCGGCGAGACAUUGUGCGAGAUCAAGGCGUCUGUCUCGCCAUCCCGCCUUGUCACUAAUGAGGUGAUCGCCUGCUACCGAGUGAAUCAGAAAAUGGUGGCACAUCUCACAGCCAAUGAAUUGCCUGGGGAUGAGAGCGACGAUGCAGAUGAGUAUGAAGACGGAGAAGCCAUUGAAGCCAUGCUAUCCUUUUAG